ACUGGGCUUCCGAGGUACUGUGCACACAGACAUCAGCGGGCGAGGAGCUGGUGCCGAGGGCUUUGGCAAGGCUGGGGGCGCAGAGGAGUGGAGACUCAUGUCGCCCCCGUCCCCUGUGCAGGCGCUGAGGCUGUGGAGACCCGGAGUCGCCACAGCUCGUACCCCGCGGGGACCGAGGAGGAGGAAGGGGUGGAGGAGGAAGAGCUCAGCCCUUUCCGGGGGCGCUCGAGCUCAGCGCCCCCCAACCUCUGUGCUGCACUGCGCUAUGGCCGCGAGCUCCGGAGGAUGAGCGACGAGUUCCAGGGCUCCUUCAAGGGACUUCCUCGCCCGAAGAGCGCGGGCACAGCGACGCAGAUGCGACAAAGCCCCAGCUGGACGCGCGUCAUCCAGUCCUGGUGGGAUUGGAACUUGGGGCGAGGAGGCUCCGCCCCCUCCCAAUGACCAGUCCCACAGCCCGAAACUCUCCCCCCUUCCCGGCGCCGCCGGCGGCCAUCUUGGGUGUGGGCGGAAGUCUUUUCCGCAGGCUUUAUGCAAGAAAGAGGAUCAGUUCUUUCCUUUUCGAAGGAGGCGAUCUGACCCAAAGGCCGAAUUCCCUUCCGGUGUGUACGAGGAGUACGGAGGGGUUUGGCCCCGUCGGAAGUUUUGAAGUUUAGCCGCCCUUAGCCGCCGGAAGUGGCCCCGUGACCCCGCCCCCGGCGCUGGGCUACGCCUAGCGUCUGCACCAAGUUGCAAGCCGGAAAAGCCCUAACUUCACCAGAGCCCUUUCCUCCGCGGUAUCGCUGCGGGCCAUCGCUCGCAACGAAAUGUGCUAAUAAAGCCCGCGUUUGUGCCUCCGA